UUUAUUUUAUUGAAAUAUUCUUUUGAAGGCUACAAUGUUAAAAUGUUCAUAUCCAAUAAUGUAGGAGGUCAAAAUCCAAUAAUGUUAAAGCUCUCUCUUUCCAUGUGUUUGAAUUAUAUCUAUUUAUAAUGUAACACAUUAAUAAAGGAUCACCAUUUAAUUUCACAACUUGUCAUAGCAGAAAAAAGUACCUGAAUUAACUGUCUCCCUUGCAAAACUCUCUCUUUACCAUCCAAAUAAAAAAACCUCUCUAUUCUAUUCUUCUUUCUUUCCCAUCUCUCUUCUCUCUUUCUGACUCUUCCUCGCAGCGUGGAGUCGCUAUGGGGAAGUGGUCUACAUCGCCGCCAGACAUUGAAAAGGGUCAUCAUCAUCAUCAUAAUAAGUCCCGGCCACCGCCACCACCGCCACAAUUCUGUCCACCAACACCUAAGCCAUGGUUCCCUUGGCUCGUACCUCUCAUACUUUUGGCCAACAUUGCCAUGUUUGUGUACAGCAUGUACCUAAACGAUUGUCCUUCAACAAUUGAUGGUGCUCUAGACCAAUGUAUUCUCUAUCAUUAUUUGAAGAGGUUUUCUUUCCAACCCUUUAAAGAAAAUCCUCUCAUUGGCCCUACAACCACAACGCUGAAACAAUUAGGGGCUCUUGAUAGAAACCUUGUUGUGGAACAUCACCAAGUAUGGCGCUUGUUAUCUUGUAUGUGGCUUCAUGCUGGUGUUGUCCAUUUACUCACCAACAUGUUAAGCCUUAUCUUUAUCGGAAUCCGCCUUGAGCAGGAGUUUGGAUUUCUGAGAAUUGGAAUCUUGUAUGUACUUUCUGGUUUUGGAGGAAGUUUAUUGUCUAGUCUUAAUCUUGAUCCAUCUGAAAGACCAACCAUAUCAGUUGGUGCAUCUGGUGCUCUGUUUGGAUUGUUGGGAGCCAUGUUAUCUGAACUUCUCACUAACUGGACAAUUUAUGCAAACAAGUGUGCAGCUUUAUUAACUCUGAUUCUGAUAAUCAUUCUAAAUUUGGCCUUUGGAUUUCUCCCUCACGUUGACAAUUCAGCUCAUAUCGGAGGCUUCAUGGCGGGUUUUCUACUCGGCUUCAUUCUUCUGAUUCGUCCUCAGUUUGGAUACGUUAGCCGUAAAUACAUUCCUGCUGGGUACAAUUUCAAGCGCAAACCUAGACACAAAUGUUAUCAAUACAUCUUGUGGAUCUCAGCUUUGCUAGUCUUACUUUUGGGAUAUGCAUAUGGCUUGCUUAACCUAUAUGGCGUUCGGCCAAUCAAUAAUAAUACUGCUUUGUAGUUCAACAAUAGACAACAGAGAAAUACUUUGACUGUUUUUUCCAUUUUUUUCUUUUUCUCUCAUGCUACUAUAUCAUAUAUAUAAUAUAUAGAGAUUAAUAGUAUUUCCACACAUACAUUUUCUAAUAAGAAUAUCAUAUAAAUAUCACUUGUUCCUUGUAAAUUAGUAUACAAUUCAAUGCCUUUCUGAAUUCAAUCGUGUAUUAGUUAAUAAACACAUAAACUAACUUGCAUA